CUGAGCUGAACGUUCAGCAGCGGGCGGAGAGAAGAGCUCAACUAGACAGCGAGCGAUAAACACGAGACGCGAGCGAUAGCUGUACACCUUUAGUCACACAGUUGAAUCUCUGCUCGCAACAAAAUACCAGGAUCGCUUUUUCGACGAGGAACUUGGUUUUUUUGCUCUGCCUCGCAGGAGAGGACGAAAUCAAUAAAAAGAAUCCAGGGAAGAGAUCGAGAAACGCAUGAGGAAAGUUUUCCUACGCAAAAACAAACUGGACGGAACUGUGCAGAAAUCGUGACGCAUAAGCCAUGCACUGGUCGUACAGCGUGGGAUAGUUAUUCUGUUGUCGUUCAUUUGAAGGAAAUGCCUUUUUGGUGGCUUUCGUCAACCUCCACAAAAGUUUAACGCCGGGAACGCGAUAUUAUUCUAUUCGACAGAAAGCGCGUGAUUCUGAACGGAACCUUUCUUGCGCGCGCUUAGAGCCGCUGUAAUUCGUUCACUUCGCUGGAAAAUCUGUUCCCUGUCGUUUAGUUAGGGGGACAGACAAGAGGUCGGUUGGAUAUACAUUUUGUCCACUUUUCCUUCAUGGCCUCAUCCAGGAUGUAUAUUCUUGUGAAAUGUAUGCUGAUCUCCCAACUUGCGCUGUUAAUCGCGAAGAACAGUGGAGCGCUCAUAUGUCUCCCCUGUGACAAGUCCAAAUGCGAGGAACCCAAGCAGUGUACCGGUUCGGUGGUCCUGGGGAUCUGCGGCUGCUGUUCGGUUUGCGCCAAGCAGAAGAACGAGAGCUGCGGUGGGGUUUACGGACUGUACGGGACCUGCGACCGGGGGCUCCGGUGCGUCAUCAGACCUCCGUUAAACGGCGCUUCAAUCACGCAGUAUGAGGUCGGAGUUUGCGAAGAUGAAAACUGGGAUGACGACCAGCUCUUGGGCUUUGAGCCAUGCAAUGAAAACCUGGUUACGGGCUGUAACAUCAUUGAUGGGAAGUGUGAAUGUGACAGUGUGCGAACAUGCAACAACCCAUUCGAGUUUGCCAGCCAGGAAGCCUGUCAGACGGCCCUGCAGAAGAUUGAAGAGGAACGACCAGACUGUUCCAAGGCGAGGUGUGAGGUGCAGUUUUCUCCACGCUGCCCUGAGGACUCCAUAUUAAUUGAGGGAUACGCUCCACCGGGUGAAUGUUGCCCUCUGCCCAGCCGCUGCGUGUGCAGCCCAGCCGGGUGUUUACGGAAAGUUUGCCAGCCGGGGCACCUCAACAUCCUGGUAUCCAAGAGCUCAGGCAAGCCUGGGGAGUGUUGUGACCUCUACGAAUGCAAACCAGUGUUCAGUGUGGACUGCAGCACAGUAGAGUGUCCACCAGUGAAACCCGUCCAGUGUCCAGCUGACAGCUAUGAGACUCAGGUCAGACUGACGGCAGAUGGCUGCUGCAGCCUUCCUACCAGAUGCGAGUGUUUGCCUGGCCUUUGCAGCUUCCCACAGUGCCCACCGGGGACUUCUCCUCAGGUUGUGUCCCGUGGUGAUGGGACACCUGGGAGGUGCUGCGAUGUGUUCCAGUGUGUCAAUGAGACAAAGGCGGCCUGCACUUUCAACGGAGUGGAGUACCACGAUGGCGACAUGUUCAGGAUGGACGCCUGUCGCUUCUGUCGCUGUCAGGGAGGAGUAUCUGUAUGUUUCACGGCCCAGUGUGGCGUACUGCACUGCGAGCGCUACUAUGUACCCGAAGGAGAGUGCUGUGCCGUCUGUGAAGACUCCAUCUUCCCGGUGCUGAAUUUUGCCGGCUGCUUUGUGAACGGGCAGAUCCUGGCUCAUGGAGACCACUGGCGUGAGGACGAUUGCACCUUCUGCCAGUGUGUGAGUGGAGAGGCGCGGUGUGUGGCGGCCGCCUGUGGCCACAGCUGCCUGAACCCUGUUACGGUGCCAGGGGAGUGCUGCCCCGUGUGUGAGGAGCCCACAUACAUCACAAUGGCGCCCCCUGCCUGUGGCUCACUGGACAACUGUACGCUGAUGGAGAAAAGCUGUCCGUAUGGAUUCAGAAUGGACUCCAAUGGCUGCAAGAUGUGCAACUGCAAGACCAGAGAAGAGAUGUGCAGUGCUCUAAUUGCCAGUUGCACUCUCAAAUGCCCUUUUGGCUUCCAGACCGACAUCGACGGAUGUGAGAUUUGCCAGUGUCGCCCACGUCCCAAAAAGUGCAAGGCUGUGUCCUGUGGCAAGAACUGCCCGUUCGGAUACAUUAAGAACAAGCAUGGCUGUGACACCUGCCGUUGUAAGAAAUGCCCUGAGCUGCCUUGUGACAAGUCCUGUCCAAUGGGAUUCCAGCAUGAUGAGUUGGGCUGUCUGAUUUGUCAGUGUCGAGAUCACAGCUCAUCAUCUGUGGCUCCAUCAGUGAAACUGGGAUCCUGUCUGUCUAUGGAUGGCCGGAGGCACGAGAACGGCCAGAGUUGGCACGACGGCUGCCGGGACUGUUACUGUCAUGCCGGGAGAGAAAUGUGUGCCCUUAUUUCUUGCCCGGUCCCCUCUUGUGACAACCCCACCAUUCGAACUGGCCACUGUUGCCCCACCUGCCCAGAAGAAGAGUCCAGUUCUCAUAAGCCGGAGCUCAACGAGGCAUCGGUGUGUUUGGCCCCCGGCGGCGAGUACUUUGUGGAGGGAGAGACGUGGAACAUUGACUCCUGCACUCAAUGUACCUGCCAUAGCGGUCGCGUGCUCUGCGAGACGGAGCUGUGCCCGCCCCUGCUCUGCCACAAUCCAAUCAGAACGCAGGAUUCUUGUUGCCCUCACUGUUCAGAUGAUCCAGUCACCCCUCAGACGCCCAGUAAUGACAGUAUGCCCAGUUACUGCAGGAACGAGGAGGGUGAUAUCUUCCUGGCUGCUGAGUCCUGGAAGCCUAACGUCUGCUCCAGCUGCGUUUGUCUGGACGGAUCCAUCAGCUGUUUCUCUGAGUCAUGCCCACCAGUCAACUGUGCCCGGCCCGUGCUUAGGAAGGGCCAGUGUUGCCCUUACUGUCUAGAUGCCACACCAAGAGCCGUAUGUCAUUUCAAUGGAAAGACGUACAUGGAUGAAGAGCGAUGGGACAUUGACAGCUGCACUCAUUGCUACUGUCUCCAAGGCCAGACCCUCUGCUCGACUGUCAGCUGCCCCGCCUUACCCUGUCAUCAGCCAAUCACUGUAGAGGGCAGCUGCUGCCCCUUGUGUCCAGAGACUUAUGCUCCUACAAAUGUGCCCAUUGAGAAGACAGACCAACGAGAGGACAAGCCAAGACAUCAACCGGCCUGGCCCACUCACAGCGAAAACGAUAUCAUGCCACAGUUCAGAGGUGACUUCGGUAGCCUGCAGAUGCCAUAUCUAGAUGGCAGGAGGCCAUUGCCGAGUGAGGAUGCUGGUCUGCACUGGGCCUGGGUGGCACUACCUAUACUAAUGAUGAUGCUUACUAUCGCCGCCCUGCUGUUGGUCAACCAGCGAAAGCAGUGGAUCCCAGUGCCUUGCUACCGCACACCCACAAAGCCCACGUGUCUCAAUAACCAGUUGGAAUACGUUGACUGCCAGAAAAGACCGAAGGUCCAGGUGGACAGCACUCAGCGCAUGCUCCGCAUCGCGGACACCGAAUCAAGAUACAGCGGUUACUACAGCAUGCAGAAACCCAACAACCUGCAGGCUGACAACUUCUACCAGACCGCGUGAGAAAUGGGAGAGCGAGAGAGAGUGAGUGAUCGAGAAAGAGAGAGACUGAGCCCGUGUUCAGCUGCUUAAACCUUUGCGGCGCUAAUAAAACUAUAAAAAUGCCGUCAAUCCAAGCGGACAGAGAAGAUAUCCUGGUAAAGAAUAUCAAUUAUAAUAUUCACUUAAGUCACUCCAAGCAAAAAAUACAGUAUAUAUCACACGUCAACACCGACAACUUUCACCAGGAGCAACAAGCUGCAACUAUGUAACCGAACCAAACAUUAACUGCGUGUUAUUGUUCAAUUGGAAAAGACUCUUCCAGAGUAUUUUUGUGAAUCGGAAAUAUGAUAGGUUGAGCAUCUUUUUUGUGUGUGAGUGUAAGAUUAUGUGGAUGUCCAGGCACAAGUUGAAGGUAGUUGUGAAGUCAAAUGCGUGUCGUUGAGAUUAGGACGACAGGGGUGUUUUAUUUUUUAUUUUAUUCGUAAACAAUAUUUUUCCUGCAUUCCUACUUUUUUUGUUGGAAAAGAGAGAAAGAGAGAAACAUUUUGUGUGUUAACACAAUGCUGAACCAAAGCUUCUCUGUCUGAAGUACCUGAUCAGCCCAGAGAGGGCGCUGUGGGACGCUUACUUCCCUGUGACAGAGGAAAUGCUGGACUGUCGUUAGAAAAAAGAAAAGAAAAGAAAAGAGGGAAAAUAGCAUGCAAGAUAGUCUGUUUACAGCAGACACAUUUUUGUAGGAGAUGCUACUGUGUAAGAUUUUUAUUUCCCCAGUGCUGUGGGUGAGUUUGGCCGAGCCUUUUUUGCUCUUAUAAGACGAAUGGAAGAAAAUGGAGUAAGCUACUAUACUCCGUGGACAUACGAUCUUCCUGGUAGAUGGAGGUGUGGGGUCUCUGUAUUGUAUUUUCGCUUACAUGUAUGAGCGUUUUCUCAUUUAACCGUACAAACACCAUUUGUUCUUUCUCCCAAACUAAGGGCAAAUUGACUUACACUUCUACCAAUAUAUAUUUUACUGAAACGAAUUGGAGGAUUGCGAAGUGAUAAAGUAAACGUGAGAACAUAGAGAUAGUGGUUUGGAUUUGAGGUUAUGCUUUAGAAGUGCUGCUUUUUUGCUUUGAUUCAUUAAACCUCAUUUUGUAGGGAUAAAAACCAGUAGUAAAGAAUCUGUGUGACCUUAAAGAAAAAUGUAGGGGCUCUGUCGUGAAACAGGAGCAGAAACAUUUUUGUGUAAAUUGUAAAUGUUAUAUCGAAAAUUGUCGACAAUCUAUGCAAGAACGUUUUUACCGAUGAUAUAUUAGUAAUCUGCAGCAUACGAUUCACACAAAAAUAUUAAAUCGUCGACAAUAUAAAUUUUAUGGAGAAUUACUACAUAAUAGUAGUUCUGUGAACAAUUCCCAACAUUUCCGAUAAGUAAAAAAUGUUUUUUUUUUAAACAAUUUAUCCAAAGCUGGCUCUGCACAUGUUUUAAUGAAUGAGGCCCAAAAGAUUUUUGGUAGGGGGUUGCAACACACGUAUUCUGCUUCUAAAUACUUGUUUUUAAUUUCUUUUAUUUGUACUUUUCACCAGACUGCCUCCUUUCAUGGAAGCUUCAAAAUGUUACUGAGGCACCUUUGUGUUCUGGUUUUCUAAAAAACCAAUUUGGCUUAAAAAUCCAAAACUAUUAUAGCGACCUUUAUGUACAUACAAAGACAUGAAAUAUUAUGUGAGUAUAUAUGUACAUGUGUAUGUAUAUGUGUUAGCAUGUGCGCACACACAAACGCACAUGUACGCACACGUGACUUCUCUUCAUAUGUAAAGUUCUUAGUUAAUUUUCCUAAUGAAUGUAUUUAUGAUCGAGAAAAUGACGAGAUUUAUAUAACGGCAAGCGGAGGAUGACAGGCAUUCCGUUGCCUUUUUGUUUGACGUUAAAUCAAAGCACAGCUGAUGAUGAUACAGAAAGAAAGACAAACAUCUCAUUCUAUCCUUUUAAUGUAUGUAUUUUUUCCCUUUUGUUUGCCCAGUUCUCAAAGCUUUGCUCAGUUGAACUCAAAUACAUUUUUAUAUUGCAAAAAUUGGAUCACUCCGUAAAGAUUGGAGUUUGAACAAUCAGUAAAAAAAUCACAUUGCCUCAUUGGACGAUGAAGCUCUCAUUUCGUUUUCCCUGUCGUGAGUCCAUACAGGUAUCAGAACUACUGGAAUGUUGAUGGACAUAAGCUUUUGAAGUGAGGGGCGGGGUAGUGGGCGGGCCGAGGGGGUGGGGCUGUAGCUAUGUGAUAGUUUGUCUUGGUUGUAUCUUUAUCUGUAUGUGAUAUUGUUUGUAAUACAACUUGGCACUUUUUAUAUAUAUAUAGAAAGAGAGAGAGAGAGAAAAGUAACCAAUGUGUUUCUUUUGUUUUGUUGUUUUUUUUUUUUUUUGAACAAACCUGUUUAAAAGAAAAUGUUUCUCAUGUUUUUUUUUUCCCCUAAAACCUUGUGGGACCCUGUGCAGCAGUAAUUGGGUGAAUCUCACGAAAAUUUGUUAACAGAUAAGAAGCACACAUACGCACACAAUCGUUACGGUUUUUCCAUUGUGACAUCAUUUAAUAACAUUUAAAGAGCACCUAUUUCAUUGCUAAAACACUUUAUUUUGUGUAUUUGGUAUAAUACAAUGUGUUCGCGUGGUUUAUGGUUAAAAAACACAUUUUCCACAAACCGUACAUUUUUGUAGCUCCAGAUUUCACUCUCUUCCUGAAACAGACUGAUUUUUGUACAAAACUCUUCGAUUGGCCAGUUAAUCUGUACAUUGUAAUUGGUCUGACUACCUCUAACGUCAGCCGGAAAUGUGAUGCUCCUUACCAUGUUUAAAAGAUUUGCUCACAAUGCAAUGCUAACAGGAGUUAAUUUACAGGCUGUGAGUCCAAGCGGGAGGAAUUAUGAUAAUGCCGGUCUUUCCUACAUCACCAAGGAAGUAAACUGUUGCCUACAAUCCGUGUGUUUAUUGUAGUCCAAGAAAUGAGAUUUCCUUUGGUGUGUAAGUGUGCAUUAGUACAUUACGUCUCCAAAGGAAAUGUGAAUCGGACCAGAGGUGCUCUUUAAGCAAAUUCCCCCCACGUUUUCCAUACUUCCCAUUAUACAGUACAUUGUAAUACAGUAGAUUUUGUGCAGUAUAACAGUACAUUUUUUGAACUUACUAAUAUUUUUAAGUUGAAUUAACUCAAAAUGUUAAGGCAACAAUGUAACUUACUUAUUUAAGUUGAAUCAACAAAUAUUUUUUUCCAAUGACAGUUUUCAUAAGAUUCACCCGAUAAUGCAAAGGUUUCAGAAAUCAAAUCUAUAACUGCAACACCAUACAGUAUGUUCACAGUAUCAUUUACUGUAUUAUCACAACAGUCCCAAAAAGUCUUGGCUUUAUUUCAAACACAUAAAUAUGCAAAUACAAUUGAAAUAGCACAAAAGCACUUGCUUUUGAAACCGUAGACUGAAUACGCAGAUCUGGAAAUUUCACUUCUGUUUAUUCUUUAACACGUGUUUCUACUUUGUUGAAAUAAAAGUGUCAGUCCUGUCUUUUAGUAACGAUCAAUAAAAAGCAUUAGAAAACAGCAAACAAGAAUUAUUAUUAUUAUUAUUAGAGCAAUGGAGUAUUGCUUUGGAGGAUUCAAUUACACAUCAACCCCAACAAAAAUAAGCUAAGCUAAAAAAAAAAAAUAAACAGCAUUUCAACAAGAUGUCAUCAAUAUUUAAUGAGCAAUGUGAGAUCUGUGCAUAGCCCACUAUCAAGUUCAAAUGCAAUUUCCACACACAAAACAAUAUUUCCACCUUAUUGCCUCGUGUUUGAGGUUAUGGAGGAAAGCACAACACCAUCUGGAUUUGGUUCAGACAGACCUGCACAUUUUUAGGGGGUUCUACUGGGUGGAUUCUUUAAUUUUUUUGUGCAUUCUCCAAGUAUUGUUGUAAAUACUUGAGUGUCACUCGCCAAAACAACUUUAAAAAGGUAAAAAUAAAAAAAUGAGGUUUGGAUAGAGGUAAAAAUUUGAGAUGUAAUAUAUUGUCUAUGACCUUAAUAAUUUAUUGAUGAACAAAAAACUGAUCGUAACGAAAGACGCAGUUUCUGUUGUGUCUGCCUCUUAAAGAGCGUUUCAGAGUUUAAGACUUCAGAGAGAAUCAGUUUGUUCUUUACUUUUUGGCUCUAGAAAGAGCAGAGAAAUGUCCAUUUUUCACAAGAUGGUAAGCAAGUGUAUAAAAAUUUGUCCCCGUGUCCCCUCUCCACCCUCUCAUUUAUUCUUUCCAAAUGAAAUAUCAGCCCUUCUGGAGUUUGUAUACUACUGGUGUUUAAUGUUCAUGUAAAAAUAAUAAUGUCAACAUGGGUCAUGAAAUCUCAGAUUUAUAAAAUGGGUAGAUGAUAUGUUGACUCCUGUAGCACAGCAGAUUUUGUUUCCAGUUUCUUGUAUUAUUUUGUUUGUUUCUUUGCAGCACAAUAAAUACUUUUUAAACAA